ACAAGAAGAAAUAGAUAUGGUUGAGCAGACAUUUUCAUCGUGUUUUUUUUGCAAGGAGGGAGACUGGAGGUUCAUCUUCCCUGGUAUUCAGGGAGGAACAAAGCAGGCAGGCAGCUUCACUGACAGAGUCCUGGCGGUACCGCUCAGCCAGGGCACAGCAACUGCUCGCACCCAUGCUGGGGGGCUCCUCAGGUUUUCCAUCUCCACCCUCUCUGGAGAGCUCACUGGCACUUGUACAUCUUCCAGAAUUGAACACUAGUGCUGGGCUGUUGCAGACAGAAGAGAAAUACCAGUGCCAUUCAGAGGGACGAUACCAGGACUCUUGCACAAGCAGGAUGGGAGGCAGUUUUCUGAUGUGGCUUGGCAGUGGCAGGCUGCAUGCAGGACACUGGGCUGAACUUUCCGGACAAAUUGGGAAGUCUCUGGAGGACAGCAGCACAGCUGGCAGUUGUACAGAAACCUGACCUCCCAGGAAGCCUGAGUUAGCCCGCCGGACAGUAGACCUGCGUGAUGACGGAAGACAAACACCACUGCUGAGUGGUUUGAGAGGAGAGGAGAUGAGUGUGUGGGGGAGCCUACAGGUAGGGCUGGUCUGCUGAUUUAGCAGCAUCUUCCAUUUCUUCCAGUAAUGUGUUCUGGGGUUUGCCUGCGUUACUGCAGAUACCUGGUCAGGGCUGUGAAACCUUCACCCUCCUUGCUUUGCAGGCUCUGGCAGAGGAAGACAGUUUGGCAGUGGCAGUGUAAGUCUUCGCAAGCACCAUUUCCAAACUCAACCUCCAGUUUUGCUGCUGGUCCUGAGCAGACUCCAUGGGGAAGGCUGCGUGAGUGAAAUGGGGAUGCUGGAAAAUGUGGUGGAUCCUGGAGGGAUGACCUCCGCUACGAGAAGACCAGGCCAUGCUGAUAGGAGGGGAUGUGCUCCUGCGCUUCCCCACUUUGAAAGCUGUCAUGUCUCCCCAUGGCGUCAGGCUGAGCCAUCGCACCAUGGGGAAAGUUGAAAAUACUGCAGUAAAGCUUAGUUCCUAAAAAUGUGUGGACUGCUGCUGUUGGAUUGCCAUCAGCCAGGCUCGCGCAGGAGCAGAUGGUCGUGGACGGCUGCAUCUCCCGUUGCCAUGGGAAAGGGCCUCAGCUCAGCGAGUGCUCGGUAAUGGCUUCUGAACUCAUCCCUCUUCAUACUGGAAAAAAUGCUGGGGGGACAGAAGGUUUCUCUAUCCAGUGGAUCCAACAGAAGCCAAAUGAGCAUGAGAUGCCUACGUAACACCCAUUGUCGGGAAUUCUACUAAAUCCUUCACUGCUGAACCAGUUGCUCAGGUACCCUGCCUGCCCGUGUUGCUAUGGGAGAUUGGAAGACUGUUACUGUGCCAGUGCUGUCAUCAGAUAGCAAAAAUAUUUUUCAAUAUACCUCAGAAAAAAAGAUAUCACCCCCAAGCAUGAACUCACAAGUGCUACGUUUGCCACUGCCUUCAUCCAAAAGCAUGCACAGCUUUUUCAGUGCCUUUUGCACAGAAGAGAAUAUUGAACAGAGUAUAUCCUAUCUCAAUAGGGAAUUGACAACAUUGGGCUUCCCGUCUAUUUAUGUGGAGCCCAAAGGAAAAGAAUUAAACUUAAUAUCCAUCAUAAAUUGCAUGAAUGAAUUGCUUGUACAGCAGCACAAGAACCUUCGAGCUCAGGAAGAAGUAGAAAUGCAGCAUCUGAAACUGGGUAGUGAUAUGGAUCACUUACAGAACUCCUAUGCUAAAUUAAAGGAACAGCUGGAAUUAUCUAAAAGGGAAAUAGUUGGACUUCAGGAAAGGGACAGACAACUGCAAAGCAAGAACAGAAACUUGCACCAGUUACUUAAAAAUGAAAAGGAUGAAGUACAGAAGUUGCAAAACAUAAUUUCAAGUAGAGCUACGCAGUACAAUCAUGAUAUGAAGAGGAAAGAGAGAGAAUAUAACAAAUUAAAGGAACGCUUACAUCAAUUAGUCAUGAACAAAAAGGACAAAAAGAUUGCUAUGGAAGUUCUAAAUUAUGUUGGUAGAGCUGAUGGGAAGAGAGGUGCAUGGAGGACUGAUAAGACAGAAGCCAGAAAUGAAGAAGAAAUGUACAAAGUUCUGUUAAGUGACUAUGAGCAACGCCAAAAGCAGCUUUUAGUGGAAAAUGCUGAGCUGAAAAAAGUUCUUCAGCAAAUGAAGAAAGAGAUUAUUUCCCUUCUCCCACCACAGAAACAAAAACCUAAAGAAAGGUCUGAGGACGGGCCGGUGUUGUCAGACCUGGAGGAGGACAUCGGAGAGUUAAAUAAAGAGAAUAUGUGGGAACUGUCAUGCGAAACUGUGCGAGAACAGCUUACCAACAGCAUUAGAAAACAAUGGAGAAUGUUGAAAAAUCAUGUUGAAAAGCUGGACAACCAAGUGUCACGUGUGCAUUCAAGAGCUUUGGAUGACAAAGAUGUAAUUUCAAGGGAAGACCACGAGCUGGAAACUGAAAAGCUAGAAUUAGAAAUUCAGCAAUGUAAAGAAAUGAUCAAAACUCAGCAACAACUGUUACAGCAGCAGCUUAUGUCUCCAUGUGAUGAUGACACCACUCUGUUACUACAGGACUGCUAUUUGUUGGAAGAAAGAGAGCGUCUUCAGGAAGAAUGGAGGCUAUUUCGAGAACAAAAAAAGAAUUUUGAGAAGGAACGAAGAAGUUUUACAGAAGCUGCUAUUAGAUUAGGACUUGAGAGAAAGGCAUUUGAAGAAGAUAGAGGAGCAUGGCUGAAGCAACAGUUCUUAAGUAUGUCUACUGAUUACAAGCACUCUGAAAAUGUGACAACUCCAAGUGCCUUCUUAGGAAGUUCUGACCAAGACAGUCGGUUAGUGAACUCCACAUCUCAGCAAAGAAAACCUCACUGUACAUUGAGUAGUCCUGUUUCAGCUGAACCCGGCCAGAUGUCUCAGUAUAUUUCACGUAACAGUUCCAAUGCUGCAUCAAAGAAACCUGCUGGAGAUGGCAAGCCAAAUCAGUGGGAGGAAAGUGACGAAGGAGAAAUCGAGUAAUGCACAAAGUCACAGGAAGACUCUGGAGUUGGCACCCUUUGCUAUGUAGAAACUUGCACAUAGAACAACUGCCUUAGAUUUCCUAGGGUUGCCUGCUGUUCUGUUAGAGAUGUGUUCAUAAACACCAUUCUAAAGUGAAACAGAAUGCUGUGAGUUUGUUCAUUCUUGGAAGAUUAUGUGGUGAUCUGAACUGUGAUGUGUGUAAGUGUGUGUGCACAUGGCUUAUUUUUUUUGGACCAUUUCUUGCCACUUUUUCUUGCAACUCUUGGAAGAUGUUUAUUAAAAAUAUAUAAAAGCUUUGAUAUUUUUCUAGUAACAGAAGCUGUGAUUCUGUGAAUGAAGCAAUGGUCUGAAACUUUGGCUGUAACAAAAUAUUGGAUCCUAAUCCUUCCAUCAUGGACAGAGAUAGCACUUUUAGGAAUUGUUUAAUUAUUGCAAACACUCAUUUAUGUCUGAAGUCUAACUGACAUUAAAACUUAUUUUGCCUCAACUUGAAUGUACAGUAUGUUGUAGAUUUUUAACAAAACAAGUUAUAUAUUUAUUAAGUUGUGUGAUUUGAAAAUACCUCUUUGAUAUUUCAGGUGACCUAAAGCGCAAAAUCUUUAUAUAUUUGUAAAUAGACAAAGUGAUUAUGCUGAGAAACCAUGAAAUGAAAUACAUGCAUCCAUAAUAUUAUUUUACAUGGUAUUUUAAAUUGUUUUAUAGUGAUACUCAGUUUACAGAUGCAUUAGGACUUUUAAUGGUUACGUCAGGAAUCAAAUUAUUUCAAAUGUGAACAAUAAAUGUU